AAGUCCAAAUCUGCUCAAGGUCCAUUUUAACUUGCCGGAGAAUAUUUAUAGACUCGUGAUGCUUCCAAGGCCAUUUUACUCAAAAACCAGACUUCAAAAUAAGCAGACUGACCUGCAAACGACCACACGCAUGGUCAUGGCCUCGGCAAUCUGCGCUCCCACGUUUUUAUCAUCACCCGUCUGUUCUACAAAAUCAGCUAUUUACACCACAUCUUCUUCUCUAGCGUCACACUCUAAAACCCCAAAACUUCAUCUCCCCAAAGCGGUUCCUCCACUAGGCGCCAGUCUUUUCUCUCCAUGGAGUGGUUUGAAGCAUCUGGGUAUAAUCUCAAUCACGCCAAAGUCUCUCAAUUCAGGUUUUUCUUCUCAUCUCGAGAGGAAGCGGAGGGGUAAAGGUAUGGUGAUUUAUGCAUCUCUUUUUGGUGUUGGAGCUCCCGAGGCUCUGGUCAUUGGGGUGGUGGCUUUGUUGGUUUUUGGUCCCAAAGGUCUUGCCGAGGUUGCUCGGAACUUGGGGAAGACAUUGCGUGCAUUUCAACCCACCAUUAGAGAACUUCAGGAAGUUUCAAAGGAAUUUAAGAGCACACUUGAACGGGAGAUUGGUCUUGAUGACAUUUCAACGGAAAACACAUACAGCUCCAGUAAACCCAAUACAGCAAACCCAUCAUCUACAACCAGCACCGAGGGUUCUCAGACUCUAGUCGAUCCCAAUGGUGCUCCAUCCAGUAAUAGAGCAUACACCACGGAAGAGUACCUAAAGAUAACAGAAGAGCAACUAAAGGCAUCUGCUGUCCAACAGCAGGUGCAGACAUCUCCUUUGGGAGAAGGCGAGUUGGAAACUGAGACUCUGCCUCAAGCUAAUAUUCGAGAAGCUGCCACUACGAUGCCUCCACAUCGAGAGACUGAAAGCGAGAAAUGAAACAAACCUCGUGAAGUAAAAUGAAAGGUAUUUCACAGGCCCCAUGUUGGCAUGAAAUUCCCUGUAUAUGAUGACCACUCCCCUCCCUGCUCCCAUUCAUUUUUCUUUGAAAUUGUUAACUGCUAGAGUUCAAGUUUUCUGUAUUGGUUUCAAGAGGACAACGAAGCACAACUUGUCGGUGCUUACUAAUUGUAGAGUACGAUUUUUUAGUAAGCUAGCCCUGCAACUAAGAAAUGUCCUUGAUUUGAGUACGGACAAAAGGCGUUUUGGUCCAUGACA